AUGAGUGACGUGAAACGUUUCCACAAAAAAGAAGCUGCGAGAAUAUUAGUUGAGCUACGAAACAAGACCGAAGACGAACGACUGAUGAAUUAUCGACGGCAGUUGCUAACCAAAGACAACAACAUGGACGGAAAUCAAAAUUCCAGAGAAUUUCAAGAGAGAAUGGAGCAAGCAUGUUGGCCAUGCCCGUGGCCCGCAUACCCUAACUUGGUCUUACCACCAUACCAUACAGUGCCAAUUGGUUAUCCUACCUGGUCACAUAACCCACAAUAUUGGUUUCCAAACCCGACAGCCUACCUCCCUGAAAUGUCAACAAAUCCAUACAUCCAAGCACAGGCAGAAUAUCAAGCUAACUUUACUUGGCCAAUGUUACCUCACCAGCAAGGUAUUAAUUUACACAAUAUUAAUGUACUUUUACUUUUGUAACGUCAUUUUGAUUUUUGUGUGGUUGUACGUUGAAUUUUUAAUAAGGACCAUUUAAUGUCCACCCCCCCACCCCCCCCCUACGGAUGAGUUUUUCUGAAGGAUGACUCAAAAAGUCGUUUCUGAGGGGUUAAGCCUGUCGGCAUCCUUUGAUCUCUGCGAUUUUUCUGAGGGGUAAGGGGAAAAUUUACAAAUUUCUGAGGGGUGUUUUGUGUCGGCACUUUGAUCUUUUUUUCUUCAUAGGGGUUAAAAUUUUACUGACCUCAUCCGUAGGGGGGGGGGGGUGAUUUUAAAUGGAAUGGUCCUAACUAUAAAAACAUAUGAAUAAAGCCGAAGUACCAAUGGCAAUGCUCAAAACGUCCGGUUCAUUUAAUACAUGCUCCAGUAAUGUUAACCAAAUGCUUCGACCAGUUGACCUUCGUGCGUAAAAAUUUCACAGCUUUGUCAACAAGAUAUGUCUGGCACUGUUUGUUUCCAGUUGUUGACAAGUCUGGAACAAGUUAUUAUCACGUAACAUGUUGUAACAAGGUUGAUGAGGCCUUAAUAACAGACUCGCAAUUUAUUGAGUUUGUUGAGUUUCUCACUCGUUGGCCGUUGGCCCAACUUUGCAAUUGAUAGGGGGAACCGAGGUAACUACGUACGAUUUAACGUCCUUAUGGGGGGGGGGAUAGUCAUGUUUUGACCAACAUUUCCUAGGAUUUUGACCAUGUAGUACAAAUUUUUCCUGAAAAUGUUGUCGACGGGAGGGGGGGGGGGGGGGAAGGUCAAAAAAAAUUUUCCGGACUAACAUAAGCGUAGUCAAAAAAAUUUUUCCGGACUAACAUAGGCAUAUUGAACAUUUUUCGACCAAGAUAAGCAAGGCGUCCAAUUGUUUCACCACAGCAACUCGACCAUCUUUUAUCCCAAACUUUGACCAAGUUUUUCCGAGUUUUACCUUAAAUUUUAAGCAAAUAUCAGUUCCAUUUUGACCAACUUGGACCAACGUUUGAAUUAUUGGGGGUGUUACACCCCCCCUAUAGCGACGUCCCUGCCUUGACACUGUGACCUUGACUUGAGUAGAGGUCCGACCAAUGUUGUUCAAUCAUUGACGACAUUUGGAAGACCGGGUUCAAUCAUUUACCGUUCGCGUCUUGUUGGUCUGUUGGAACAACUUGUAGCAAGUCAGUUACUGUUUUCAACCAUGUGAGAUACACCAACUGGGAACAUGCAGUGCUCACAUCCUGAUAUUGGCCUGAUAACAACCUGUUACAACUUGAAUUGUUUGGAGAUUUGUAACAACUUGCGCGUUUUUAGGUGUGUAGAGUACAGUUUUCGAUCAAUUCGAUGGUGAUGUCUCCUGUUAAGUGCAGGGUCUCUUUUAAGAAAUUGUCAGUAGGAGAUGGUGAAAUGGAAAAGUAUGGACAUGUGGGGAUCUGGUGUCCACCCUGGUCCCUGAGCUUCUGGGCCUGGGGCUUGAGUGGCUUCACGUUCGGCAUUUUUGGACACAACGUUUUGAUGUGUUUCAUCCGGUGGAUAAAGGUUUAGUCCUGGGAAAACACUUUUCUAAAAUAAGACCCUCUUGUUUCCGUAAUAUAUUUUACAUACUAGAAAAUACAUGGAUGCAGAAACCCUCGCCUUGCUGACAAAACCAUUGUAUUUUCCGAACAUGAAGUAUCUAAAGUAGUUGUCAUGGUAACACGAUAUCAAUUUUUUAAGAAUAUUCUUACAAAUGAGAAAUCGCCUAAAAAUAUCACUUUUAAUUACAAAAUUAUUGAUUUCCCAACAUAUAAAUGAUAUGUUAGGUAUGUUAUUAUAUGUAAUAUAUAAGCCUCAAUUUAAGGUAAAAUUCAAGUUCACUAUAGUGUUCUUUAUAAAACUAAACUGCCUUUUAAAAUGGCUUUAUCGAUAAACUUUGAGUUUGCAAUAAAAUGAUUUCAAAUUCUCGCUUGCAAAUAGCUUUGCUUUCUUUUUUAUUUAAAAAAUUCCAUAUCAUAAAAAAGGGAAUCAAUAUUAAAGAUACACUGAAAUUAUAUGCUGUCAGUUGUUUAGUUGUUUCAUAUACGCAAGGGCCGUCGGGUUUUAAAGCCAUUAUAAAAUCAAUAUUUAAAAACAAACUUACCUUCGUUAGUAACAUCGACUCCCUUCUUUUAGCCGAUUCUUUCGCAGUUUCUUUCUCAGAGAGCUUUUGAAAUUUACAAAAUCUUGCAAAAAUGCGUACGAGCAAAAAUGAAAUAUAUUUGCAAGAAAUUUAUCAAUCAUCAAAUCAAGAAAUGUUUGCUAUUUCGCUGUCGUCAAGGAGUCGUUAUAAUGCAAACUUUAAAUUGGACCAAUCAGUGUCCGCUAUUCAUGACAGUCCGCCAUAUUUUUGAGAUCAGUGAGGAUUACCACCCACCCAACACCCCAACAUCGUUGGUCAUCCACGCCCGCGAUAAUUGAUGAACUUUAGACUUCGCUAAUGCUUUCGUUUCCCCGGGUGUAAAUAGGCGGGGGGAAUUAGUACCCUCGCAGGGCGCUUCGCGCCGUCGGCUCGGGGACAAGGGACCUUCACUGGGAGUGCGAACAUUGAGGCUAGGAGGAAAUCCCCCUCCCCUCUUCAGCCUGUAUAUUAAAAGAGGCCUUGUCUUGUUAUGAGAUUUUCACAACCCAAGAGUACCUUGAAUUAGCCUUUCUCACGCCGCCAUUUUUGGGUGGCUUUUCAGCCGAAGUCUGCGAGAUAAGUCCACAUAUAUAACAGCGACUUUUCAUAAAUUUUUGGACGAAUGAUGGUAAAUUUGCUUUGUAAAUGAUCAGUUUAUUUUGAAACAUUGCUUUUCACAUUGUUAAUUUAAUUGUCUGCAUUGGUUAAGUUAACGAGAAUACACCCUUUCGAUAAUUACGUCAUAUUCUUUAUUUGACCAAUAAAUGUGGAAAUAACUUUAUUUCCAUAUUUAUUGAUCAAAAACCAAAAAUUUUUUUCGCGCUUGUGUUGAAGAAGGAUGUUCUGCUUCUCUGUGCAUAGCCCAUGAGAAAACAAACUUGAAAUUCUUUCCAUGUAAGAUGGUCCCAUGUUGAAAACAGUGUAGUUGUGACGUAAUUAUGGAAAGGAUGUAUUAGAUGCCACCCAAAAAUGGCGGAUAUUCGUCAUCGUGAGAAAGGCUAAUUAAAGCCAGUGAUUAAAGCUCACAGUAAUCAUGGAUAAUAAAAUAAAUGGGUAGGAAACUAGCUGACGUGACCUGAUGUUUUCAAUGGGCUGAUGGCGUGGUUGGAUGUUCAAAACUAGUUGCAAACCAAAUUCUCAAAAACGGCAUGUUUAGCAAUAAUACAGCUAAACAUUUUAGUCAAAGAGCAAAUAAAUAUAACCACGCCAUUCUGCGAUGAAAACUCAAAGUAUUCCCAGUCAAUUUUAGCAAAUAUUUCGAGCACUAAACAGUGAAAAAUACAUCGCAAAUUUCGUUAAAAUUUGUGACGCCAAUUUCGUAGCUACAAAUGUAAAAAAAUACAAAACAAAGACGAAAAACAUUUACCUUGAAUACUUUGUCGUGGCUUAGGCAUGUUUUUAAAACAAUUAGACCCGUUUAUGCUUCAAUAUCACUCUUUUAAAUGGAAAUUAUAGCAAAACAACAAAAAUGCCGAGAACUUUGGUAAUAUUCGCAAAACGCGUGACGUCACGUUUUUCAACAAGGAUGAGGUCAAUGACGUCAGGAAGUUUCCUAUCCAGUUACAAUCUCGUUCCCCGAGCAUGCCCGUUCGCAGGUUAAGGGUGGGCAUAGCUCUGGAGAAAUCGAAUUGAUUCAGGCCUGUGAUUGGCUAACGGCAGAUAGUACGUUGGAUUUCCAACGUGAGUUCUACGCAUGCUUGACAAGUUGCAAAAUAUAAACAAAGUAUAUUUUGGAAUUUCUCGUCGAAAAUUUGAUACUUUUUACACUGAAAUCGAUUGAAAACAACUAGAAAUUCUGGAGAAAAUAUGUACGAAAGCUUCGGAUUGAUAGGGAUACAACUACAUGAAAAAUACAUGGAGAACUUCGACGUUUCGAGCGAAGGCGCUUCGACUUGUGGUGUUAGUGUUUGUAUACAUCGUACUUGACCUUUUAUACUGUCGUACCUAUUAAACACUACGUAUACCAUAAAUUCUGACAGGAGAGUUAAAUGUAAAUUUUAAAGCACAUAUAUAUUAUACUCAUUCUUGAGGAGAUUAUAUUUAUCAGUAAAGGUAAAGUACGAUGUAUACAAACAUUAACAGUACAUGUCGAAGCGCUUUCGCUCGACACGUCGAAGUUCUCCUUGUAUUUUUCAGGUAGUUGUACCCCUAUCAAUCCGAAGCUUUCCCCCAGAAUUUCUAGUUGUUUUCAAUUCAAUUUCAGUUGUAAAAAGUAUCAAAUUUUCGACAAGAAAUUCUAAAUACUUUGUUUAUAUUUUGCAGCAAUUGCCGAGCAUACGUAGAAAUCACGUUGGAAAUCCAACGUGAAACAAUUCGAUUUCUCCAGAGCUAUGCCCACUCUUAACCUGCGAACGGGCAUGCUCGGGGAACGACAUUGAUCCAGUUAUUUUACAAUCCAUGCAGUAAUGAAUAAACUUUGUUACAAAUUUAAACGUGAUUCUGUUCCGAAAUAUCAGUCGGCAGAGCAUUGGGCUAGCAUUGCAAAGGUCGUAGGUUCGAUUCCCACAGUGGCCAGGCAUAUUUUUUAAGCUUGUCCAGUGUGGAUAUACACCCAGAGUAACAUCACAAGCAUCAUAUUCACCUGAGUACAUUACACCAACACAGAAAAAAAAAACACAAAAAACUAUGCAGUGUUAUGUUACCCAGGGUUAGCGGAAUUUCGCAAGAAAACGACAACGAAAAAUUCGCUUUAGGACAGAAUAUAUCGUGCAAGAUAGUUCGUCUUGUGUUUAUACUAAAGGCCAAUUUACACUUGGUGCGAUGUUCUUCUUGUAAUGGAUGCGAACGAGGGGAUGAGUUGGAAAUGUCUGAGCUGUGGUUCUGAGUAUAUGUAACCUCUGAACAUUCAUAACUCGUUCGCAUCAGAAGAACAAACUCGCAACUAUAUAAUCGCAGCAAACGAGCCUUUGAAAGACGGCUGAUUCGUCAGAUGGAUAUAUGUCUUGUGGGCGACGACACGAACUCGCAGAGACUCAGUGCAGUAUCAUAAUCAGAAGUCGCGGAACCAGGGGGAAUUAGGGGCAGAUAUGAUGCACCCCUCCCACAUAUGUUUUGUCAGUUUAUGCACUUUUUGUGGAAUAAAAGUACCAUUUUUUCCAGCAAUUGAAGAGGAAUUAUAAAUGCCCUCUUAAACUAAGAAAUCUACAAAUGCCCUGUUAUGCACGUAUUAUCAAGGACAGAACUGAUGAACUGGACUUAAGCCUGAUUGCUAAAGACAGGGCCGUUGCGAGGGAGUAUUGGGGGGGGGGGGUGGUCAACCCCACAACUUUUUUAGAAUUAACAUAUUCGGAAAAUCAGGUUGGCCAUCCGGAAAAUUACGGCAAUAAUAGUAUAACAAAAAACAGAGAAAACAUAAUAUAAUUGUAUUGUCAGUAUAAACUGAUUUACGAAAAUAGGGCAUUUACAUGGAUAACAUUUAAUCAAUCGUAAAUCGGUAAAUGUUUUUAGGUUUAUUACUUCUCAGGGCCGUAGCAACCAAGGGGGGAGGGGAGGGGGGCUGCAGCCCUCCAAAUAAUUUGCUAAUAAUCAUUCUUUUUCCAAAAUCAUGCAGACCUUUAUCAUUUAAAUAAUAUACCUUUAAAAUACUGACAAUUGAUUAAUUUUAAGCGGCUACAUUAUCCAUGACAAACUGCAAUGAAUCAUAUUACCCAUACAUUCCCACAACUUCUCCAAUAUAUAGUUCAUUAAUUAAAUACACCUUCGCCCAUUUAGUACUACUAAAUUGUAAGCAAAGUGUAAAUUUCGACAUACUAAAACGCUGUUUCCUGACCAUCAGAAUUCGGUCAAAACUUCUCCAAAGUCCAGGAAAUGGCAUUUCAGAGACUAAAUUUAAAAAUUUCAUCGGGCCUUCGGCUCUCGUUUUUAGCCCCCAAUCAAAAAGAGCUUCCUAAGGCACUGCAUGCUUCUGUAAUAUGUCUGUGCGUAAAAUAUGCGUAUUUUUGCUUGUAAAUUGCGUCUUCAUUUUCCGGAUAACAAACACCUUCGUGGUUUCGUAUGCCAUGCAAUAUUCGGAAUUUUUUUCGUCAUUCGCAUUUGUGGUUAAUCAGUUCAUGUUCAGUUUAGGAUGCAGAGCUUUAGAGAAUAUGUAUAACAUCCGAGGCUGUAUCAAUAUUGCAUGCGUCCAAACCUCUAGACCUUCUAAGGACACAUCUAACAUAUUUAGAAUGUUUGCUGACACAAGUGCCCUUUCUGGUCAGUGACUCAGUGCCCCCGCCCCCCCCCCCACACACACACUUUCGAAAUGCUUCCGCGGCCUCAGUGUUUUUCUAAAACAAUACUUAGUUGUUCCGAUUAUGUGUGGAAGAGGCAUUAAAGAUGCAGUACAGUCCGAUCUGCGCAUGUGCACAAAGGAGCCCUCUUUUUAUUUACAAACAGUUUAUUUAGGUUUUUAUUUCAUUUUAUGUUCUUGCAAAGCUUGAUUGUUGUGCCUUGAUACUUUAUUAUACUCUAGAAUCGUGAAAAUAUAAAUAGUUGUCGAAUAAAAUUCAAUAUUUUGGGUACUGAAAUGUAAACAAGGCCUUUGUUUACAUACGGACUGUACCGCAUUUUUAAUGCUCAGUUUCCCUAUUGUUCUCCAACACAGCUUACGUUGAUCCUGGACAAUCCAACAGACGAAGGAGAACACAAUUCACAGACGAACAACUUGCUGUUUUUGAGCGAACGUUCACACACGGAUCCAAGUUUCCAUCGCCUGGAGAAAGAAUGCGACUGGAGUCAAAAACUGGAAUAAGUAAAGAGAAAAUAUCUGUUUGGUUCCAAAAUCGUCGAGCAAAAGAAAAACGCGAGAAAGGACAAGGUGGAGGGAGCAAAGAGUCCACGACCACUGAUAGUGAGUUGGAAAGUGAAGAUGAAAGGCAGCUUAGUAUCUAUGAUGAAACACCCGACGAGGACAGCGAGAUUGAAGAUACACAAAAUCACCAGAGUAAAACAACCAUUGAUUUCAAACUAACACAUCCCGCAGAUUUCCCUGCAAGUAUACCUAGUGAUAUGAAACCACCACGACCAGAGGGCCAGAGCACAAGUGGAUUUUAUCAUAGCGAGAUUCAAGAUAAAGAAGAGCACCAGAAUAACACAACCAGUCACAUUAUAUUAUCACACCCUAUAAAUAUUCGCACAAAUGAACCAACUAAUAUAAAACUACCAUGUCCAGAAAGGAAGAGAGUAGGUGAUAUAAGACAACCACAUCUCACAAAUAUCCACACAAUUACGCCCAAUAAUAUCAUGCUAUCAUAUCCACAUCCGGAAGGGAAGAUCAAUACACCAAGUGAUAUCAAACAACCACGUACAGAAGAGAAGAGUGCCGUUAGUUCAAGUGGGCUUUACCAUGGCGAGAUUCAAGACACACGAAAUGACCUGAACAACACACCAAGUGUCAGUGAUGUAAACAUCCCACAUCAAGAUGGCGACGGCAAUACGCCCCAUGAUAUUAAAAUACAACCUCAUAGAAAUAUCCCUACACACACCCUCACUGACGUGACGUUUGGCAUAGCGUCAAGUAAACUGUACCAUAGAGAGGUUGAAGAUGCACGAAAUGACCAGAACUAUCCACCCAGUGAUAUCAAAGUAGAACAUCCCACAAAUACCUGCACACAUACUACCACUUCUAUAAGAAGACUAUCACGUCCAGAGGGGACGGCUGAGUCGAGUAAACUAUACCAUAAAGAAGUUGGAGGGACACAAAAAUACCAGAACACACUUAGCGAUAUCAAAAUAAUGAAACGACCACUUCCAGAGGGGACAAAUGAUACAGAUUCACGUGGGUCUUGCCAUAGCGAGACUGAAGAUGCAAGCAACCACCAAAACACAACCAGUGAUGUAAAAGUGCUACAUCAAGAGGGCCAGAGCAACAGACCCAAUUACAUUGUACUGUCACUUCCAGGUGGGACGAUUGCCGUAGAGUCAGCUGAGCAAUACCAUAAGGAGAACCGAGAAACACGAAAUGACCACAACACACCGCAUGGUGAUGUUGAACUGCUAUAUCCUACGAGUAUCUUCACAAAUACCACUGAGACCAAAGCACCGUAUCCAGGAGGGACGGUAGCCGCAGACGUAAGUGGACUCUACCGCGGCGAGGUUGAAGAUUCCGGAAAUAGUGAGAGCACUAAAGCCCGAGAUAUAAAACUACCACAUUCCGCAAAUAUUUCCAUAAAUGCACCCACGGAGAUCAAAGUACCACGUCCAGGAGGGACGGUAGCCGUUGAUUUAAGCGGACUUUACCGUAGUGAAAACGAAAACACAUCAUCUUUCGUACCACCAAUACAAACGAAGACUUCUUGUCUUAAUGAAAAGCCGAGAAAACGUAGUCUUAUCGGCGAAACAGAAAUCACGGGUGAAACACCUGUCAUGGUAACACACGUCAGCAGUAUAAACGUCAUAAAUAGCAUAAAGAAAGACAUUGACAUUGCGGAAGAUUCUGAGAGCGGUGAAAAUGUCAUUAAAGACUUCAGGUUUCAGAGUAAGAAAGCAAAGACAGAAGAAGACAUGCUCGAUACCUAUGCAGUUACAACACUAAGUAACGCUGGUCCUGAGUGUCGUAUGUUCGGCGAGACGUAA